CAGGAAUUCGGGCCUGACUUUGAAUUAUUGGUGGCCAGUCACAAGCACGUUGGCAUGGACAGUGUUUCCGGCAGCUUGAGAGAUUCGGAGCCAACGUCUCCUGUCUCGCCAGAAUCGCCUGAAUCGCCAGAUUUCACAAAACCACCGCGACUAACUUCGCCCGUCGCUCUAACAAAUGCGUUGUCCACCUUGAUGAGCAAAACCAAGAUUCCAUAUUCGCCUAGAAAUAACUCAUCGAUCUGCUUGGAAAAAUUAGAUUCGGAAGCACUGAUCGUUAUAGAGUUGACGCUGGUAGAUGAUUCCACAGAAAACUUGAGAAUGGCGAACAUACAGUUCAACAAUCUGGAUAUUAUAGCCAAUCAGGAGACGAUAGUAGAAUUGCUGGGCUUCUUCCGAAGGAUAUUGCCACUGCAGAAAUCGCGGUCGGCAUAUAUCGCGAAUCGCAACGACUCCUUGUCGAGUCAAAAUACAGAGACGAAGUUGGCAUUGACAAGAACAGAGAUUACCUUCGACUUUCAUCGUUUGAACGUGCUACUUCUACGCGCGGUCGUGCAGGACAAUCAAUUGGUGGGACAGAAGAUUGCCACGGCAACCAUGUCGGACGCGCGUAUACAAGCGACAUUGGCCGCGAACACAUCAAUCUCGGGUUCACUUGGCGGUGUACAGGUUCUCGAUCAAACGCCAACUGGAAAGACUCAUCAACGGAUAAUCAGCGUAGGCAGGGAUCCGUUGGCGGAUCCGCCGCACCACCCGCUCGAGCAUUUUAGCGGCUUGUCCGAUAAUGAACAACCGGAAGCAUUCAGAUUCAUGGUUAACCGAAAUACCAGGCAAGCUAGCGAAGAAGACUGCACUGAGAUCGAUCUCGAUUUCACUAUACGUGUGGCUAGCGUCUGGUAUAUUCAUGCACCACAUCUGAUAUCGGAGUUACGUUCGUGCGCCGAUGAAUUUAAACAAUACUUGAGCAAUUUUGCGCGUCAGAUCGGU